AUGAAUGAACAAGACGCUGCCGACCUAUCAUUGAACAGGGUGCAGCUCCUCGAACACUUUAAAACUGGUCUGAGCAACAUCUUGGUUGGAACCGAGUUGUUAAACCAACCAGAUAUGCCGGCGUUGCAAGCGCUAGCCAUCUUCCUAACUAGUCUACGCGUUCACGAAACGGGACGUGGUGUCUGGGUUCUUAAUGGGAUUGCAAUUCGGUUAGCGCAGUCUAUUGGUUUGCAUCGAGACGGUACCUCGCUCAAUUUAACCCCGUUUGAGUCAGAGCUUCGUCUGCGCGUAUGGUGGCACCUUUGUAUGCUAGAUGCUCGGUCACCUGAGGACCAUGGCUUUGAGCUGACAGAUAGCCUACUCAACCAUGGCCCAAGACUUCCACUAAACGUUAAUGACGACCAACUUUACCUGACCAUGGAGGAGUUGCCGACAGAAUCAGAGGGGUGGACUGAGAUGUCUUUCUCCCUCGAGGGAAUCAAAGUUCACAUUCACUAG